AUGAAGAAUUUUGGGUAUCAACAAUCCACAACACAAAGAAGACUUGAACAUCUCAUACGACAUUUGAGUAGCGAUCGGAAUUCUUCAACCAUUGUUGAAAAAUCAAUGGAUGUCCUGAGAUUUAAUUCAAUUCAUAUUCAAGACCAACAUCAAGUUGUUAGGAAUAGUUCCCGAGACGAAAAAUUGUUGUUACUGCAGCAUGCAAAACAAUUAUUCAAACAAGAUUCCAAACAAGUUAUUCCGAAUGAAAAUGAUAAUAAUGCCAACGAAGACGUUUCUGAUGGAACAGGCCCAUUUGUUCGACUUUUUGAUCAUUUCGGAAUUUAUUUACCUUUACCUUUAGAUUUGGCGCAGGUUAAAACUCAGCCAAAUGAUUUCCAAUUCUCAUUAUUUCACUUGAAUAUUCCAGAAAUUUCUGAGAAUGAAACACAAGCAUCUGCUGAAGGAUUAAUUUCUAAAAUACAACACUUUACAUUUACGCAAAUACAAGAAACAUCGAUGGGAUAUGUGAUUUCUGUGUACAUCAAUUUGUUGAAAGGCAAUUAUGAAACUGUGCUUGAACAAAUUCAACAUAUCAAGGUGAGACUGAAAACAAAACCUGAUUACGUUUUAAUUUAUUUAGAAAGUUUGUGUCGAUUUUUGUUGCAAGAAUAUGACACAGCUUUACUGCUAUGCGAUAACUGCAUCAAUAUAAUGUUAAAUGGUACAAAUAUGAUCGAAAACGAGGAGAAUCCAAACAAAUUUUUAAUACAUAUCUCCAAGUCUCUAACAGAAACACCUCAACAUAUUCGAAUUCAACCUCUAGUGCUCUACUCAUGGAUUCUUUUUCACUUGUACGAAUUUUCACAUGCUGAGAAAGUUCUUGUGACCUGUUGUGAAGAGAUAUUUCCCUUCAAUGCAGAAGCACAUUUCAAUUACUCACAAUUAUUGGCUGCGAUUCAUGGAUGCUCAAAUCAAGUAGCCAAAUGGAAUCUCGACGAAGAAAUUUUUGAAAAGAUGAACUCUCAUAUGAAACAAUGUAUUGAACUUUAUAUUCAUGAAGACAUUUCAGUUCCAAAUACUACAAAUGUUGUUAGUCCAAAACAGAGUUCCAAUCUACCACAAAGCCCUUAUUACUCCCUAUUUAAAUAUUGGAACUACUAUUUGCAUUUCUUAAGUCAUUGUCCAAAUAAUAGUACACUACUCGAUCAUAACCUACAAUUCAUUGAAAAUUUUGUGUACAAAUCGUUGUUAGAAUGGUACGGAAUUGAUUACAAACAAUUAUUGGACGACAAAAUAUCAACCUCACCAACAUCCACCCUCAUCAACAACAAGAAAAAGAGCAAUACACUCCAAAAUUCCAUACUACAUCCUAUAGAUUUGGCCUUUCUUUUAGUAGCAUGUGCCAGAUGCUACGCCCUAAAUUGUCUCAGAAAUCAGGACGAGGAAAACUUUAAAGCGGUACAAUCAAUGCAAGAUGUAGGAAUUUCUAAAGCUCAAAGACUCUAUCGAAUUGCAUCCAAUUUGGAGCUCAUAGCUUACACUCAAUUCAACCACAAAAGUACUAACUCAGACGACUCUCCCAAGCAUGUGUCUCUAGUGUUUUAUUGCAAGAGACUCGCAUGCACUGAACUGUUUUCCAUAUCAAGAGAAUUCAAUAAUUUUAAACAUCGUUUUCUUUUGGAUCACGUGCAGUGA